GGGCGAGCAGGAAAACGAACGAAAAGCAAGCCAGACGGCGCCGAGGAAUACAAAACAAAGUCCUGAACAGACAAGAUGUGACGUCACAAAGGAUUUCGACCUGACACGUGACGUGCGCCCGCUCACAGCAGACAACGAGGCACUCUAAAUUGGCCAGAAUUCUGCCCUCCGCCACGUCCGUCUUUGCUCUUCUUGAUGUGCGCACACUUGCAGCUGACAACAAGGCGCACCGGGGGACUAUUCGAACUGGAAGGGCAUUUUCAGGCAACUUGCCUCCCCGCCCCCGCCCCCGCCCAAAAAUCUGCAAAACCCAAAUGGUGAAAGCAUGUCACGCCAUUUCUCCACGAUUUAGUCCGCUUAUCUUCACAACGAGUCCAACAUAUUUCGGGACAAAUGUCUCCAUUCACGACGACGUUCAGAUGAAAAAGGCCGAAGAAGCGGAAGAGGCCCAGCGCUGCAUCGUGUGCUUCGGCCGCUACGAUCUGGCCGCACGGUUGCCGCGGCGACUGCACUGCGGCCACACCUUCUGCCAGGCGUGCGUGAAGCGGCUGGACGCCGUCAUCAACGAGCAGGUGUGGAUCCCGUGUCCUCAGUGCCGGCAGAACACGCCUCGUCCGCGCGGGGGCGCCGCCGCACUGGACCUGGACCUGACCUCUUUCCUGGCGCUCAAGACGCGCGCCGGCUCCGGGACGUCGGCGGCCGGGGACGGGAAGACCCCUCGGGCGGCCAAGGACGUGGACGGCGCCGUGACGUGGACGCGCGGCGGGCUCGCCGAACCGCGCUUUCGCCGCGGCGGCUGCUGCAAACCUCUCUCCUAUUGGUUGUGCUGCUGCCGCCGCCUGGGGCGGGGCUAAACAUCAGCAAGUCUUUGAUCCAAAUUGUCAUUUUAACAAAGACAAAUAUCACUGCCGGUAUAAAAAGAAUGUCGAGAAAUAAACCUUACCUUUAAGGGGUGUGGCCCAGGGAGUGACUCCAAGUGCACACGAACGUCCGGGUGGGAGUUGGGAGUUUUUUUCGUUUUGUAAUUGUCUCCAAAUGUUUUGUUCUGCCGUGUGGCGCCCCCUGCUGCUUGGGGGUGUCACCAGUUUCCUUUUCAAAAUGCUACAAAUAAGAGUUGCCCCCCA